AUGAUACAUCAUGAUAAGAAAUAUCCAGCAGAAUAUAGUACAGCUGAGAAUUGCAUGGAAAUGCAGUCACUGCAGCUGGCUGCUUUUAUGAUGACAGUUUGCAAUGUUCUGCUAGUUGUCCAGGACUGGUUCACAGAUAUCAACUUCUUAAGGUUUUUAUUGACUGCAGAAAUGCUGAAACCUUCUACUCCAAAUUCACAUGAUGGUCCUUCAGUGCAAGAAACUUCUUCUGAUUACUAUCCACAGUUAGUCUUCAUUCAGAAUAAAGCAACAAGAGAUGAUUUCAGUGUGGAAACUUUUAGAGCCAUGCAAACCACACUUUCAAAAGUGUUUAGCAACUCUAAACUAAAAUAUACAGGUUCAGUAACUUUGGCAAAUGGGGACCUACUGCCAGGAUUGAACCCUCGCACAGUUCCCUCAAAUAUCAAUUUGUACCUGUUGCCCUACAUGGAUAAUCAAAAAACAGAAGGAGAUUCUAUCUUGACUUUCCUGCCAGAAUAUCGUGGUUAUCCAAGUUUUUCUCGAUUGCUUCAAUCUCUUCGUAACCAGGUAUUUGCCAGCCAACGUUGUUUGCUUACACACACAAUCUUGUCAGAAAAGAACUGGUUCCACUAUGCAGCCAGAACUUGGGAUGCUGUGAAGAAAUCUCCGUUGAUGGGCCCUCCUGAGUGGGGUAGAGCUCGGAUAACCCUCUUUUCUCGGACUAGCAACCCAUUUUUCCCCUCCAUUGGAGUUAGGGUUGUCCCAUUCGGUGUGGUCCAUCUUUCUCCUGAGAGGACAUAUUCGUCUAAGGUGACAGCGCCAACACCUUUGCUCCGCAUUGUUUCCUUUAUAGAUCUAAGUGCAAUGAGCAAACAAUGGCAACCAAAAAGUGACUUACCUGAGGUCCGCCACUCCGUGUUUUGUUUCUUUUUCCUCCUUUUUCUUCCUUCUCUUUUCCUCCUUAUGUCUCUUCCAGACAAAUAUUGUCUGAAGGCUAGAGUCCUUUCUGGUCUUACUCGGUCCCGACUGGACAAAACAAAUGCAACCUUCUCUCCUCUUUCUGACAGCCAUGGUAAUUCCCAUGGUUAUAGUGGCGUUCCUCCUCCCACUGCUCGCCCGGGCCAAUUCUCUCUUCUCUCUUCAAGAAUUUUCUCCCGUUCUGCUUUUUCUGCAUAA